GUUUGUUCAAGACACGAUUAAUAGGUCACCCUUUCGAGACAGCAACCACUGCAGUAGGACUCGCAGGUUGUAUGAGUUCUAAGGAGGAGAAGCCUACACUUGCCGGCGUGCAGAUCAAGACCCGCAAACGUAACAUCGCUGUAGCUCUCGACCCUGGAUCUUUCGCUGACGCUGUAGUCACCAUCUUCGAGGAUGCCAAGGAUGGUGACGAUCUCGAGAAGAACCUUUCAGCUGGCGUGAAGGUUGUUGAGGGCACCCAGCUCGACUUCUCACGAUACGGCGACACUCUUUUCGAGGUCUUCUUCGCUGGAGGCCGCCUUGCAGCAGGAGGAAAUGUUGUUGAGGAGGGCAAGAAGCUGGACACCAAUGUUCUGGCAGCGGAGGCGACGAAGGAUGCGAUUGUGCCCUACAUGAAGAUGUUCCAGAUUCUGCUCAGGAAACGCCCAUUCCUGAUCAGGCCGCUGGAGAACACCCUCAUCAAGCUGCUCAAAUCCCUGGACUUCUACAAUGACGAGGGGCGCAUCAAAAUCGCCAUCGCGACGGCGCGCUGUUUUGCGAUGAAGCUGGGGGUGCAGCCGGACCGGAUCCUGCUGCCCAUGCUGAACGACCGCAUGGUGGCCAAGGGGCUCAUCCUGCAGUACGCGACGGCCUUUUUCAGCGAUUACCUUUCCACCGAGUCCGUCGAUGACCUGGUGGCGCUGCUGCGCAAGGCGCGACUGGACGACCACUUGCUCGACCUCUUCCCUCCGCAGAAGCGCACGCUGAAGGACUUCGACGAGCAUUUCAAGGCGGCUGGGCUGAGCAAGCUGGUGGAGUACAACAAGAAGAAGGUGGAGGAGCUGCACCUGCAGGAGCUCAAGGCCAGCCUGGCCGAGACGAUUGCGGCCGACCCGCCGCUGCCGCCGGCCGACGCCAUAACCCUCGUUCAGGACAAGAAGAAGGAGUGGGCGCUCCCCGACCUCGAGAUCUCCAAGAUAGUGUGGACGGUGCUGAUAGAGGCGGUGCCGACGACGGGCAAGAACGCGGCGCAGAUCAAAGCGGCCGUCGCCAAGCAGGUCAAGGCUUACAAGGCGCUGCUGUCCACUUUCUGCUCCUCCGCGCGCGUGGAGGCCGCCCUGAUGGUCCACGUGCAGGUUGGGUGCUACGAGGACAGCAAGCUGCUGAAGCUGUUCACGGACAUCAUCCGAAUCCUGUAUGACAAUGACAUCGUGGCAGAGGACACCAUCAUGUGGUGGGCCAAGAAGGGCGCGCACCCCAAGGGCAAGAACGUGUUCCUGCGCGAUGCUGAGCCCUUCAUCAAGUGGCUGGAGGAGGCAGAAGAGGAUGAAGACGAGGAGUGAUUGCGCCUGAUCAGGCCGCAUUCAAAUUUUGAAAUCCGUGAUGGAUUUCACGUGAUACCAAUAGGUUGGCAGUGAAGGCCAGCUGGACGGGAUCGUGCCAAUAAGGUCCCUAGAGCCUCUGCUGUGUGCUGCAAUGAAGCGUGUGCUAAACAAUUGGCCGCUUCAUUGGGGGUGGUGACUGGUACCUUGCUGGAAGGCUUGCCUCUUUGUUCUUUUGCAGGCCUGUCGUUUGCACAGGAGCAGUGUAGGCAGCAUGCAUCAAUCUCUGCCGAUGCUUUGUCGUGGGAAAUGUCUGGGAGGUUCCCACUCCAGUGUAUACAGUGACCUUAACCAACUGAGGGAAGUGUUGCGGAAGAAUGUGAGUGUUUAUGGAUAUCGCAUUGGCAGCUUUGAGCCUUGCCGUGAGCAGACUGCAUGCAUGUUUGUCGAAACAGUAUUACCUGCAGGCUGCGGCAAUAUGAAAUGCCAGAACCGCUGAGACUCCCUUGCAGUGCCUCGACCAUGUUUGUGAUGUGCAAAAUGCGCCUGUUGCGAUUGCAUCAUGCAAGCUGCAAUUUGCAUGCAUUGUUGGCGCCGGAUAAUGACCAGCAUACUGGACAUGGAGUGCAUGCAUGUGCAAAUAUCUGGUAUGCAUGUGGCGUGCUUUGAGAAGCUUCUGCCCU